AUGCACUCGGCGCCUCUAAGGGUGCAGACAAGUUGGGCGACCCCCAAGGGCGGUACCAUCCAGGCAACAGCGGGUCGUCCAGCAGCGCCUGAGUUGGCGUUCUUGGCCGGCGAGCUGGGCCCACCGCAUGCACCCGGCCCCUCUAAGGGUGCAGACAAGUCGGGCGACCCCAAGGAGGGUACCAUCCAGGCGACAGCGGGUCGUCCAGCAGCGCCUGAGUUGGCGUUCUUGGCUGGCGUGCUGGGCCCACCGCAUGCACCCGACGCCUCCAAGGGUGCAGACAUGUCGGGCGACCCCAAGGAUGGUACCAUCCAGGCGACAGCGGGUCGUCCAGCAGCGCCUGAGUUGGCGUUCUUGGCCGGCGUGCUGGGCCCACCGCAUGCACCCGGUGCCUCUAAGGGUGCAGAGAAGUUGGGCGACCCCCAAGGACGGUACCAUCCAGGCAACAGCGGGUCGUCCAGCAGCGGUAGAGUUGGCGUUCUUUGCCGGCGUGCUGGGCCCACCGCAUGCACCCGGCGCCUCUAA